CCGAAAGAGAGUAAAACGGAAAAUAUGAGAGAGAGAGAGAGAGAGAGAGAGAGAGAGAGAGAGAGAGAGAGAGAGAGAGAGAGAGAGAGAUGCGCGCCUGCAAAUAGAGGGACCCCAAGCAAAAGCAGCCGAGAUGGUGCGAGAAUAAAGCAGGAACUCCUCGGCGAAGGUGGAAAGGGCCCCCUCUCACACACAGUUCCCAAGGCUGGGGCCAGACACCUCGGAAACUCAGCAGCGAGUAAGGCCAGGGGCCAGUGCUCCCCACCCCCACGGGGUGCUGGAGGCAGGCUGCCGCUCCGCGGGGCUGGUCCCAGAAUCAGUUCCGUGCCCCAACGGCGGUCAGAUGGAGGGUCCGGCUGGCCGCGGCGGGCCCGGCGCAGCAGUCCGGUCUUGGCUCACUGCAUCUUGGCUCCAACCGGGCGCCGGGGGUUCAGGCUCGGCCGGCUCACCGUCCGGGCUGGCUCGGCCGGGGCAGCGCGGGGCUCCACAGGCGGGGCGCGCGCAUGGUCGGCUCCGGGGACGGUCGCUACCUCAUUUCUUCCCUCCGGGGGUGUCCAACUCCGCUCCCGGUGUCCCCUCUCGAUCUGCUACCCGCCUCUGCAGCGCGACCCCUCGGGUUCUGGGAGCGCUGGCCGGCUCGCCAGCCUCACAUCCUUGCCGUCCGAGAGGAAGACCUCGGGUAAAUAUAGGCCGGCGCAAACCAUUUGCAGAGCGGGGACAGGGGAGGCGCAGGGAAGACUAUCCGUUUCGGUCUCCGACGCCCUGCGGGUUCCCAGUCUCUUAAAGGGACCUGGUUGCAGUCACUGGUCGAUGGAGUGGGGAGACCAGUCUAAUCCAGCAAUUACACCCCAAAUUUACCAUCAUCUCUUUUAUCGACAGGUAGCGCCAAGACCGGGGUUACCCCUCAGGAAAAAAACUCCGGAUUUCUGACGCUCCACCCCCAGGAUGAAUUGCAACUCACUGAAUAAAUGUCUCCAUCGAAACUUGAGGAGGUGGUAGAAGACAAUGCAACUUUAAUCUUCUGACCAGCUUGACCUUUGGCUAGUAACUCAUUUCUGGGCCUUUGAAACAACCUGCUUGCCUCUAUGGUCUUCUCAAGACAAAACAAAAAAAACUUCUGGCUGGAAUGUGUGCUAUAUGCCCAGAUGAUCCUGCAUCAAACUUCCAAAUUCGUCCUAGAGGAGGACAGUGCGAUCUCCACUCCAUAGGCCCAGUCCACCAGGGGAUUGUGGAUGUCUCUGGCUUCUGUGCCAGAUUUCAGAACCACAUAGCCCUCCUGGAGAGUCCUGGCCUUCUACCUUUGCUAACGUCUAACCUUUUUUUAAACUCUAAUUCAGUUUUCUCAGAGUCACUGGUGUUGAGUUUCAAUUUAACUAACUGCUGAGUACCUUUUGGUGCCAGUCCCUGACCUAGUCCCUUGCAGACUCAAUUCCUGUCUCCAAGAAGCUCCCAGUCCAAUGAAGGAUGUGAAGUCCACUCAACUCUGGGUUUGUAGGUUCUAUGAGAGCACCCGGUAUCCCCAGUGCCUGGUACCAAUAGGCACUGCUUAAUUGUUGAAUUAAUAAAUGGGACAUGCAUGGAAAUAAGAAGACAGAGUUGGGCCCUGAGAAAGACCCAAAACUGGAAGAAAAGGUUCAUUACGACUAGGAGAGUCAGAGAAGGCUCCACAGAGGUGGUAACGUACGAAGGAUGAAGAGCAUUUCUUCAUGCAGGUAAGAAUUAAAGGGCUUUCGGGGUAUAAAUGACAGCAAAAUUAUAGAACAUGAAAAUGUAUGUACAUGUGCAGAUCAGGAUGGAGUUUAACUAUUGUAACAAUGAAAGAAGAUGAUUUCCUGAUCAAAGAAGAAAGUUUCUUGAUCAUGCUUUUUGGGCCCUCCUUGUCUCUUCAGGAAGGAAUGGCUGACUGGCCCCAGGCUAUCAUUAAACCAAAACUGUGACUUCUUACUGCUCAGUAGCACCGAUGGGUUAAUUGGAGGGGUACCAGGCAUGAUGUGGGCAUGAGAUAGUUAGGAUUAUAAUAAGCCAUUUAAGCCAAAAUUAAUUCAUUCUUUGGCUCAAAUUUCCAGAAUAUCUUGCAGUGGCAAUGACAUAGGCACUCCAAACAAAAACUUCCAUUUAAAACACACCAAAUUAACCUUUAACUGGUCCGUAAUCUUGAAGUCUAACCCCUACACAAGUAGAUGUCACAUUCAAGCAGUUACCAUUUCCAAACUGCUUAGAGGUCCAAGGGUCAGAAGGGUUUGGGGAGGAGGGUGUGGGGCAGGUGGUGGGAGCUAAGGUUGGCCUCGGCACCUGCGAGGGGUACCACCAUGGGCUUCAUGCAGUGGCAGGGAAGUUUCCACUGGAAGUCCAGGCUUUCCAGCAGCAGCCAGAGUGUCAGUCCCAGGCACCACAGAACUGCUCCUGUGGACUGGUCUCUGCCACACCUGGACUACCUUCCUUUUUUAAUGUUUUUUUUAAUGGGCCAUAAAUGACUCUCUUGACAAGAGUCAUUUAAUAUUUUUAUUGAUUUAGAGAGAGAGAGAGGAAGAAGAGGGAGAGAGAGAAACAUCAAUCAGCUGCCUCCUACACCACCACCUCCCCACCAGGGGCUGAGCCCGCAACAUGGGCUUGUGCCCUGACCAGGAAUCGAACUGGCAACCUUUCGGUGCAUGGGACAACGCCCAAGCAAUGAGCCACACCAGUCAGGGCUGGACUACCUUCUUAAUAAGCUUGUUUUCAACCUUGGGAGGACAGAAAGGCUCUAGAAGACAAAUGGGAACACUCCUGUGUGUGAGUCAUGCUCUGUGCCUGUGCUCAAAGACCCAGGAGGAGGACCAAGCUGUCUCCUCGGGGCCGGGGCCAGCCUCUGGGGCCCACCUCACCUUUUGGAGAAGCUGGCCGCCCUUCAGAAAGCACAAGUCACAACUGCGGCUGUAUUUUGUUGGGAAAGCUAGUGGCGUCCCCUAUGAGCCCACACCACAGAUCUGAGACAUAGGGCAUUUCCAGAACAGAACUUCAGCAAAGUCAGUUGGGGAAGUGGUCGGACCCCACUGGAAGGCAGACUGCAGGUUUUUUUUGUUAUGACACUGCCCCAUCUACUGGUGCCAGGCAGAAGUACCACUUGGUGAGAUGGUUUCUCAUAGAACCGGAUAAGCCAGUGGUUGAAUCAACACACAGCCAAGUCACAGCUGGAAAGCCGCCCGGCUUCUACUUUGACAUCUGAGAGUCAGCCUUUUAGCUUUCAGGCUGGCUUUCUCCCACCUCAUAUCUUGCAUAAUGCUCUUCCCUUCGGCCCCCUUGCCUAACAUCCUACUGAAUGAACAUUGGCUUCAGAGACAACAAAUGAUGAAUCUGGAAUCUUCAAAGUCAUUCAACAAAUAUUUGUUGAGAGUCUAUUGAGGGUGUGACAUAGUUGCUGGGGAUAUUGCAUUAAAGAAGACAGACAGGGAUUUGCCCUAAUGAGAUUUAUAGCCUAUGGGGAGGCAGAUAAUAAGCAAACAAAUAACUAAUAAGACAUCAGAUAGCAAUAAGUCUCUGAAGAAAAGAAAGCAGUGUUAGGAAUGGAAGGUGGCUGGUUUAGACAGCAUGGCCAGGAAAGACAUCUCUGGGUAGAGACCUGAAUGAGAUGGAGCCAGCCAUGCAAAGAUGGGGGAGGGGAUGAUGACAUUCCACCCUGCACUGGCCAGUAUGAUAGCCACGUGAGGGUAAUGAGCACUUGGAAUGCAGUUGGUCCAAACUGAGAUGUGAAGCAAGUAUGAAAUACACACUGAAUUUUGAAGAAUUAGUAAGACAAAAAAUGAUGUAAAAAUAGCUCAACAAUUUCAUAGUAAUUGUAUAUUGAAUAAUAUUUUGGCUGUGUCAAGUUAAAGAGAAUAUGUUCUUAAAAUUAAUUUUGUCUGUUUCCUUGUACCUCUUUAAUGUGGGAACUAGAAGAUUGACAACUAUAUAUGGGCAGCAUUGUGCUAGGCAAAGGGCAUAGCUAAUAUGAAGGCCUCAAGGUGGGAAUAAGGUUAGCCAGUUCAAAACUGAGCUCCAGCUUCAAAAACCCCACUGUGUAAUCCCAGCCUUUUACGCUGCCAGCCCUCUUAAUUCCUGACUCCUAUCACAUGAGUUCUUCAACCUCAAGACCUCCGAGAUCUACAUCAACAUUCCACAGAGUGGACUCACCCCCACCAGCUGCAUCAGAAUUUGCUGGCCCAAUUCCUGGAUCACACCCAUAAAUCAAAAUCUCUGCUUAAACUCCUCCGGUGACUGAACAUAUACUAUAGUUUGGGGAGACCUACCCUAACCCACUUUAUUUCUCCUAGUAUCAGUUCCUUUCCUACCUCUUUCCUUCUGCUCCUCCCCAUCCGAGACCUUCCAGAUGAGCACCGGGUCCACAGUUUCUGUACAUCAUUUCCACCCAGCAGAGCCCCAACCCUGGACCAAUACCACAGUCCAUAUGCUCUGCUUCUGGAGCUGGACUGCUGAGUAGAAUCUCUAAGAUAGUCUACCCUUGACACAUUGUGACCUCUCCUAUAGUAAACAGAAUAAUCCCCGCCCCCUCCAAAAAAAAAAAAAAAAAAA